AUGAGAGAAAAUAUAUUACUUAUAUUUUUAAUAAUAUUUUCAUACGCUUAAGAGGAGUAACUGAAAGAAUCUACUUCAUUGUAAGUAGAAAUUCAUAUAUUUGGAAACUCUGAAUAAUAAAAGGAUAAAGAAGCUAUAAUAUUUUAAUUUGAUGAUCAUUAAAAAAGAGGUAGAUAAUAGAAUAAAUUUUUGAUUUAAGAAUUAUAAGAAAGUAUAACAGUUAGUAUUGAAAGAAUAGCUGAUGAUCCAAAUGAUGCUAUUUUUCUGUCAGAAGUCUAAAAAUUAUCAUCUUUAAAAAACGAAUAAGAAAUUAUUUAAAAUGAAAAUCCUAAUUUUGGUUUCUUGAAUCAAUACAUUUCAAGAUUAUAACCAUCUGUAAUUUAAGAAACUGAGUAAAUAGAAUCAGCAUUAAUUGAUGGAUAAAAAGAAACAAAAUUAACAAAUAUUAAAACAAGAUCGACAAAAAUUGAAAUAAAAAGAUAAAAUAGAUAAAAUGAUAAUAGUCUUUAACUAUAAGAAGAAUUUUUAUUAUACGAAAAUCCUGUAGUUGAAGAUGGAGAGAAAUUUUUUGGAUCUGAAGAGGAGUUUUUCGAAGAAUAAUAGGAUCACUAAAAUGAAAGUAAGUAAGAAAUGAAAUUUAUUUAGAUUAUAAUAUAUUUAAGAAUGGAUUAUAUGUAAAAUAUGAGAAUGUCUUAAGAAAUGAAGAAGUAAAUAAUGUUAAAGAAGAAUCAAGAUUGAAUUUAUUCUUAGAAUUGGAAAUAUUAGGUGGAAUUGUUAUAGCUCUAUUUAUUGGAUAUUGGAUAAAGUUAUUGAUGUAAAAUAAAAAUAAUAAGGGAAUGUUUAAAAAAAAUUGA